UUCGAAAUCGAUUGCAUGCUUCUUUCUUUUGAUUUUUGAUUGUUUGUGGAAUCUGGUCCACUCGCUUGUGAGCGAACCAGAACCAGGUCCGUGCUACUUCAGUUUAGUCUAGUUUAUUCUUUCUACCGUGAUGGAGGAUACAGAUGAAGAAAGGGAGAAGAAGUUGCAGUUAGGUCGUAUGCGUCUGGCCAAAUUUCAGCAAAAGAGAAAUACUAAAAAAUCUUCCAAGAAGUCUAAGCGACCAAAGACGCCUGAAGAGCAAGUCCAAGAUCCCAUUGUGGAGGCUGCAUUACCCCCAGUUUCUAAUGAAGGCCCUCUGGGUCUGGAUAACGGAUCACUGAACGAAGGAAUUCCAGUAGGCACCAGCACAAGUCACAUUGAGCAUGGUAGUGGAGGUAGUGCACCAGCGUUUACUGAACACUUGGAUAUUGAGCCAGCUGAGGAUGAGAUUGUGCCCAGUUUUGCUUCGGAUGAGCUGUACGAAGGUGGUAGCUACGAAGAUGGACAGGCCACGCUGAAUGGUAACGUUGGUGACGAGUUCUUUUCUCACAGUAGUUUGGUAAACGACCUCAGGAAAGAGCUUCAGCUUGAACGUGACGCAAGGCAGAGGAGCGAGGAUCAAUUUCGCCUAGAGCUUUCAGAACGCGCUGCUCUGGUAGGGCAGUUGGAGCGACAGCUGGAGCAGUGCAGAUCGAAUGAUGUGUUGAUCCAGAAUAUGAAAGUUGAGCAUGAUAGCGCCAUCAAGGAGCUACAGUAUGUACAUGAGGAAGAUGUCAAUCGUGUCCGCUCUGAGGAGCAGCAGAGACGUGCUGAGCAGGUUCAGUCAUUAACGAAACGGUUGGAAGCGCAGCACAAGGAAGAUACGGAUGCGCUGCGAGCGCAAGUACAUCAGCUUCAAGAGGCAGUACCAAAUGACACUGCACACUUACAGCAGAUGGUAGUGGUCAUGAGAGAACAAUACGAGCAAGAAGCCGCCAGCAAGGCAACUGAACACCAACGGGAGCUAAAUCUACAGGCUGAGAAACACAAGCAAGAGCUGGUAUCUACACAACAGCAAAAUGUUGCACAGAUGGAGGCGUUUCGCAAUCAAGUUCAGGAGAGCGUGUCGGCGCAAGUGAAGCAGUUCCACGAGCAGUAUCAAACGGCAAUGGAGAAAAUGAAACAACAAUGGCAAGAAGCAGCCGACCAUGUCACGGCACUGCAGUCGGAGAAGCAGGCGCUGCAGGAGAAAGUGGGGUUGAGCACUUCAAAUGACAGCAUUGUAGAACCAUUGCAGGCAGCUAAUGAUUCGUUGACAGAGCGCCUGGCCACUCUUGAGCAGCAGUAUAAUGACAGCAGAGUUGAGUUGGAUAGACUGCUGCAAGAAUCUAGUCACGUAGCUGAUCACCAUCAACAAGUACUUGCACAGAAUGAGAAGGAAAGGCGGGAGCUUCUCGCUACCAUUGCCGAGCUGAACACCAGCCAGGACUCUGCUCCAGCUGCGGUCGUUGACCAAAGUGAAUUUCUCCGCGCCCAGGCAGAUAUGGAAUCCAUGCAACAGCAGCUUGAGCUCCUUCAAUCGCAAUGCACGAAUCAUGUGGAUGCGCUGGAGUCUGAAAAGUCGCUUGUAGGUAGUUUAACUGCAGACUUGGAGACAGCACUGUCAGCUAAGGGAGAUUUAGAAAGUCUUGUUCAGACACUGCAAGCGGAGUUUGAUGCUUUCAAGAACCAGGCAGGUGACCAAGAGCUAGCACUACAGAACGAGCUAAGUCAGAGGCGCCAUGAGUAUGAUGCCCUGUCUGAAAACCACCGCAAUCUCCAGAGUCACAUGCAAGAUUCUCUAGCGCAGUACGCCAAGCAGGUCGAAGAACUGGCGUCUUCAGCCGCUGCGGACUCGGCCGCCAGCUCUGCUAUUUCAGAAUUACGCUCCGCGUAUGAGGAGCAAUUUGAGCAGCUGCGGGCAGAUUUUGAAGCACAAGAGGAGAGCUUGACGCAGCAGCACCGGCAGGAACUGGCCGAUCUUGCUGCUCAGCAGGAGGCGUUGAACCAGCGUCUUCUCGGUGAGUUUCAGCAUGAGAAGGACUGUGCUGCACAGCACCUGGAUGAUUUAGCUAGUGCCAGCGAAGACUUGCGCAAGACAGCCGAGGAGAGGUCUGCUCUAGUGACCCGCAACACAUGGCUGGAACAGCGCAUCAAAGAGCAGUCAGAGGAGAGUCAUCUCUUCGUGACCGAGUCGCGGACGCGCUACGAGGAUACGGUCAAGCGUCACGAUGCAGAGCGUGCAGCGUGGAGUGAGGCCGAGCAUAGCCUUCGUGAACAGCUGGCCUCUACUGAUAAGAACCUUGUGGAAGCUAGAGAUCAGCUGGCUCAAGUGUCACCUGCAUCUGAAGAGAAUGCUGCUGUCUCGCAACUCUCUGCCAAACUGGCAACUGCUCAAGCUGAGAUAACACAACUUCAGCAAGCAUUAGCGGAACACGAAGCAAGAAGCAGUUCUAAUGCGAAUCUAUCAGCGACGGUGACACAGCUGCGUUCGGAAAUAUCGCGGCUUGGCCAACAGCUGGAAGAGAAAGAUGGUGAGUUAUCAGAUCGCAGUGAUGAGUGUUCCCGCUUGGAGGGCGAGCUCUCUCAAAGCCUAGCUGACCUAGCAUCGAUGCAGUCACGAAUGGAUGCACUCUCCCGGGAUCUGCAAGCGCAAUGGACAGCAUCACACCAGAGUAGGGAAGAUGAGAAAGUUCGAAAGCAGACUCACGAGCAGGAGGUUGAAAGCCUGAAUUCUCGCCUCUGCCAGUUGGAAAAGGCCCUGUCCGAGCAGGAGGAAGCUGCCACUGCGAAGAAUGCGCUUGUGGCCGAGUUGGAGAAUCGCCUCUCCGCACAGCAAUCUUGCCAGGAUGAUUUGAAUGCUGCCAACAAUGAAGUUGACCUACUUCGCUCGCGCCUCGCUUCGCUGCAGCCUCUGGAUACUGGCGCGAUCGAGGCAGCAGCUAAUCUACCUUCUGGAAGUCAGCGUGAGAAUCUCCAGGCCGUUCUAGAACAGCACAAGCUUGUCCUGGAAGAGAAGCUAACGGAAAAGUCUCGGCUUGAUUCCUUACUGGAGGAACAGCGCGGCGCCUUGGUACAGCAGCUAUUGGAGAAAGCUAAACUAGAGUCGCUGCUGCAGGAGAAAAACCGACUGGAAGCGGAGUUGAUUCGCCAGCGUGGCCUGCUAGAGAAAGAGCUGACAGACUUAGAGCAGCCUGGUGCGUCCGAAUCAUCCUAGAGUUUAGUUAUCUGGACAUGGACCAGUUAGUUUUUAGUGCCAACAUUACGGCUGUCCACUAGUAGCAUGCAUAGGUCAUAUCAGUCGUGUUAGCAGGUGUUGCUGUUGCCAAUGUUGCUGCUACUGCUGAUGAUGAUGUAUGUCUUGCCAGGGCUUACCGGUGCGUGACCCAGUUGAUAUGUGCGAGUGUCUUUCCUAGUAUUUGUCAGCACUUUUGAUACAUUUUAGGUACAGCUAUUAGUGCUGCUUGGCUUUGUCCGUAUCGGGCAUUGUGUAUUGUACCAUUCUUCACGAAAUUCAUACCUGCUUGACGAAACCUAUUGCCUGAAAUCAUUUCCCUUCAUAGAUCUGCCAUGAAAUUGUAGUUUUGCAUUUUUAUGAAAUCACCAGCCUCGUUAUAUCUACUUUCUCUCGGCCAUCCUUCCAUUCUACCUAAUAUAGAGUAGAUAUGUUUCUCCUAUUCUACACCGUCUUGAAUUUCUCUUGUGUUGUACCCUAUCAAUUUUAUUAUUUUUAAUAGCUGCCAGCGUGUAGGACACCGGUUAUGGUUGUUUGUUUGUUGUUGUUUGUGUUGUUGUUCUUGUCCGUGUUGCCAGUGAGUUUGUGACCUGAUGCCGGGUGACAUUCAAUGGUAUAGUGAUUUGUACUGGAUCGUGGUCGGUCCAUCUAUUUUUACAA